GACUCUUCAUCACUCGUCGGUAUCUGCUAGUUUGCCCAGUACCCACGUUAUUGGGGAUAUCGUCGGUAGGGCGGUUGCUAAUGUCAACAUAGAUAACAGAAUUCAUAAACAGGACAUAACUGCCAUAUCAUAUACUCAGGUACAGUCUACUAUAAAGUAGGGUAAAGUAUGGAAUCGGGUUUUAAUCCGUUAUAAUGCUGGAACAUACGGGAUGGCGAAUUCUACUCCUACUUGUGAUAGGUGUUGUCCACGAGGUAGACGGUCAGAAUAGACAGGUGGUGAUAUCACAGAUCCAGUACUCAUGCCCUUCCUAUCCCUGUUCUCUACGUAUAUGUGGUUACGUUUUACCUAGCCUCAGGCAGUGUCCCAUCGCCACUACAACAUGCCCUGACACAAACUGCGACAAUGUCACGUUCCUCAGUACCUCUAUCGCAAGUAGGAGUGUGACACUGAGUCUGGACUACCCAACACAGCUGAAAUCCAUCUUGAACAUCAAAGUGUACUUUCGACAGUCCGGAUCCUCGGGAACGUGUGGAUACUCGCUCAGAAACAGCUGCUGGGAUUUCACAUACACGAACACAAAUCUCAUCACCGGAAGUUCGUUAAGCUUCCAAGUGCAGUUAUCAAAAUCAGGACCAGUCACCACUUCUUCAACCAGCAGCUCCACAGCCAGUACCAGUCCAAUGGUCAGUGCUGUACUGUCCACUCUACGUCCAGUCCCUGGCACUAAACCCCUACCAACGCCGUUCAUAGGAAAAUCAACAGCCGACGAUAAGGGUGGAUUUCCAGCUGCUGCAGCCUUCGGUAUCGCACUAGGAAUCGCCUUACUUAUCCUCAUCCUAGCCAUUAUUAUCUGCCUGUGCUGUAAAAAGAAGAAAAAGGAGACUGUUGUUGCCGUGGUCAGUUCGCCGCGAACUAACGAGAAGCCAGUGUAUCCAGCACCUCUCCGAUAUGAAGAAUACAUGAAGUCCGGUCCGCUUCCUGUCGUCCAGGACGGUAUUGAUGGCGACGGCGGGAGUGAUACCAGCUGUUAUCAAAUAGAGAUGGUGGCGGACGCAAACACGUCCACAAGUAAAAAGAAACGGAAGAAGAAGCGGAAGUCUGGAAAACAUAGCAGAAGGGAAAGAGAAAGGAACACUGAAUCGGAUUUCAGUCGGACGACAGGAGAGAAUUAUCACAUCGCUUCAGACACAUUCUUCAUUAAUGCUGCUACUCUACCACAGAGCGAGAACACUGCCACGCCCCUCACACUCCCACCAGUAACGCCUACCAAACGUACACAUUCUAGAAAGUACAAAAAGAAAAGGAAAAUGGCUUCAUACGAUUUUACCGAAUUUGACCGACAUGAUGACCCUUAUGUACAUAUGUAGACUUUAGUGCGAGCAGUCUGCUGUUAAAUGUAAAGAGUGUGUAAAUUGUAAAUGUUUUAAUGUAAUCACAUAUAAGUCAUCUAUAUGCUAUAUAAGGUGCAACUUUAUAUGAUCCGCUAUAUAUGUAAAUAAGGCGUAACUAUAUAAAGUCCGCUAUAUUGUAUAUAAAGUGUAACUGUAUAUAGUCAGCUAUAUUGUUUAUAAGCUGUAACUUUAUAUAGUCCGAUAUAGUAAUGUUUAUAAGGUGUAGCUACAUGUAUAUAUAAACCGCUCUAUGUUAUAUAAGGUUUAACUAUAUAUAUUCAACUAUAUUGUAUAUACAGUUUAACUUUAUAAAGUCGGCUAUAUUGUAUUUAAAGUUUAAUUAUGUAAAGUCCGUUAUAUUGUUUAUAAGGUGUAACUAUAUAUAGUCCGUUAUAUUGUUGAUAAGUUUUAACUAUAUAUAGUCCGCUGUUUUAUGUAAGGUGUAACUAUAUAUAGCUCGCAAUAUUGUAUAUAAGGUGUAACUAUAUAUAGCUCGCAAUAUUGUAUAUAAGGUGUAACUAUAUAAAGUCCGCUAUAUUGAAUAUAAGAUGUAACUAUAUAUAGUCCGCUUUAUAGUAUAUAAGGUGUAACUAUAUAUAGCUCGCUAUAUUGUAUAUAAGAUGUAACUAUAUAUAGUCCGCUAUAUUGUAUAUAAGGUGUAUUGUAUAUACAUGUAUUAGCUGUAACUUUAUUAUAUAUUAUGUCUGGUCUAUUGCAGGUUAUUUCUAUAUGAUAAUUAAACGUUAUGUUUUAUUAUGAAACUAAAAUUAACAUGUAUCAUACUUAUGGUAAGUAUUAUACCGCAAUGUAUUAUUCUGCCUUUACUAUAAAAGCACAUCUAUAAUUACUUUACUGUACAGUAUGUUUACUACCAUAAUUAUUGUGUUUUGGAGGGAAUAAAGAUAAAUAAGAAUGCAUCAUUACUAUAAUGUAAUGUUCAAUGACAUAAUUAUUGUACGGUGAUGUAUAGUGACUGUGAGUAUUGUGGAUUUCUAUCAUCACCAAAACGUGGGAAUUACUGUUUCAUAUAAAGUUUGUACAUCUUCAGUUAUGUUAAUGUAAUUUUAAAUCGGUUCUAUAUAGGAUAUACCAUGGGAAUAUAUUCAGUGACACAUACAUGAUAUUGUGUAAGAAUAUUAUUAAGAAUGGAAUAAAAAACAACUUAACAUUUGAAUG